UGCCGCCGGCCCCAGAACGAGCGUGAGCGAUGCGGCAGCCGGCCCCGGAACGAGCGUAAGCGGUGCCGCAGUUGCAGGAAGGUGUUCAGGAGCGCGGCCGGCGGCGAGGAGCCGCGCGUGUUCGAGCACGGCGGUACGCGCACGGACAGCAAGCAGCGGGAGCACACGCUCGAGGCCACCGAGGCGGUGUCGCACGAGCUGAAGAACUCGCUCGUCGGGUUGGCGCGGUCGCUCUUCGGUGAAGAGGCGGAGCUGCGCUGGGUGGACACCUACUUCCCGUUCACCCACCCGUCCUGGGAGCUGGAGGUGCGGUGGGGCGGCGAGUGGCUGGAGCUGCUGGGCUGUGGCGUCGUGGAGCACCGGAUACUGCAGACUGCUGGGGCCGUUGGCCAUAUUGGCUGGGCGUUCGGCGUUGGCUUGGAACGUUUGGCGAUGCUGCUGUACGGAAUCCCAGACAUAAGACUGUUCUGGAGCAAGGAUUCUGGAUUCCUGUCUCAGUUUCAAGGGAAAAAGCCAGAGGAUCGCAUUACAUACACGCCUGUGAGCAUAUAUCCCCAGUGUGCAAAUGACAUAAGUUUCUGGUUGCCUCAAGAUCAGACAUUUUCACCCAAUGAUUUCUACGAUCUUGCUCGCAGCAUUGGUGGGGACAUCAUUGAACAGGUGAGCCUGAUAGACGUGUUCACGCAUCCCGGGACCCGGCGCACCAGCCACUGCUACAGGGUCGUGUACCGCCACAUGGAGCGCACGCUCGCGCAGGAGGAAGUGAACGCCGUGCACGCGCGGAUCGAGCGGGCCGCGGCCUCCCGGCUGAACGUCACCGUGCGGUGACCGAAUCCGUCGAUCGUCGUCGCUUCCGGCGAGAGUGCAAGCAUGUACUGCACAACUAGUCAUACAUGUGUCACGUUGGUCAUAACGACCACUUGCAUAUACUAAUCUGUUAAUUGUUCCUGUUACAUGAAGCAACAUAAUUUCGACACACGUAGAUGAUUAUAAUUUUACGUCGUUAAUUACAGCGUUUUGUCGCAUAAUCGUCACACCGUUAUUUUAGGACGUCAAAAUUUGGAGAAAAAAAUUCUCUCGCAUAAACGUUGCAUGAUGUUUUUAGAUUCAGAGUGAUUUGUGUAUUUUGUUUUUCCGUAUAGAACAAUGUAUUUUGAAGUUGAAAUAUAAUAUUCAUUCGGA